AUGAUGAUGAAGUCGUUGAUUUGUCUCUCUCUCGUUCUCUUACCUCUGAUCUCCGUCGUGGAAGGAGGUCUUCUCGGAGGAUGGAAACCGAUCAAGGAUGUGUCGGAUCCGAACGUGGUUGAGAUCGCCGAGUUUGCGAUCUCGGAGCAUAACAAGGUGUCCAAGCCGGGUCUGGUUUACGAGAAGGUGGUCCAGGGAAAGCAGCAAGUGGUGGCCGGCACAAAGUACGAUCUGGUCAUUGCGGCCAAGAAUGGAGGAGGUAGGAGCAAGAACUACGAGGCCGUCGUGUGGGACAAGCCGUAUGAAAAGUUCAGGAAGCUCGAGUCUUUCAAGGCCGUUUAG